AUGAGCACAUUUCCCUCGCCAGGGACUCAAUUCUGCGAGAGACAAGCCGGCCUGCCAGCUGGCCUGAGCCUCUCAUCGAAAGUCGCCAUAAUCACCGGUUCAAAUGCAGGUCUUGGAUUUGAGAGCGCGAAGCAACUGCUAGCAUUGAACCUCUCACAUCUCAUUCUCGCCGUGCGGUCAGUCGAGAAGGGCGAGGCGGCGGCUGCGAAAUUACGCCAAUCUACUCCCAAGGCUACGAUCGAAGUGUGGAAGCUGGAUAUGUGCAGCUAUGUUUCUAUCCAGGCUUUCGCGGAGAGAGUUGGUAAGGAGUUGACGAGAUUGGACAUUGCGUUGUUGAAUGCCGGUCUGGUCAAGCCGUCGUUUGAAUUGGUCAAAGAGACGGGGCAUGAGGAGAGCAUGCAAGUGAACUACCUCUCCACAGUCCUCCUGGCCCUCCUUCUUCUACCCCAUCUCCAAACGAAGCGCGCCCCAACCACCUCCCCAGGCAAACUAACAAUCGUCAACUCUGGCCUUUCCCUAACCGGCAAACUCCCCCUCAACCCCAAGAACCCAUCCCAGCCCAUUCUAACAUCCUUCGACGACGCCAAAACCUUCAGCAGCACAACCUGGUACAACACCUCCAAAACACUGAUGCACCUCUUCCUGUGGAAACUGACCGAGUUCGUCUCCGCCGACGACGUGGUCGUCAAUAUCGUUGAUCCGGGCUACGUCAAGGGGACAGAAAGUGUGAGCAAUAUGCCGAAGGUCACGGCGCUCGUGGCGAAGGGGUUUGCGGCGGUGACGGGGAGGAGCGUGGAGACGGGCGCGUCGACGUAUGUGGAUGCGGUGGCUGUGAAGGGGAGGGAGAGCCACGGGUGUUUUUUGACGAGUUGGCGGGUUCAUCCGUUUGUGCCUUUUCUGUAUACACCGGAGGGGAAGGAGUUGAUGGAGAGGCUGUGGGAGGAGACUAUGGCGGAAUUGGCGUUUGCUGGUCCGAACGAGAUUCUGUCGUCUCAGUCGAAGGGGUAG